AUGACAACGGAAGAUACCUUGAAGCUUUUGAAAAUUCCUCCGACUCUGAUCGAGGACGAAUUGAAAAGACUGGAGAAUCGGGUCUGGAUUCCCGAUUCUGUCCAUUCUUUCCGGCUAGCCGUCGUCGUCGAGGAUUAUGGAAGGGAAUUACUGGUCAAGUUCCGGGACUCUCAAGGGUUCAAUCAACAGGUACGGGUUUAUUUCAAGCCAUUUUUCGGUUUGUUCCAAAAGUCAUCUUUGCACAGUGCGGUUAUUUUUACGCUCGUUUAGUGCCGUAGAUCCCCCUCUGGCUCUAAAAACAGUUGUCUCCCAUCGUUCUGCACCUCCAGGGCAAUUAAUUUCCCUCCGAUUUUUUUCCAAAACAAAGAAAAAAAUCGAUGGAAUGACCAAAAGAACGGCCAUCCUUUUCUCUUCUUUUAUUAGCACGGUGCGAAAAAAAGAACAAAGCCCUCGGGGAUUUUGGCCAGAUAUAACGACGAAACAAUACGAAAGCCCUGAUUAAUGAGUAAUUUCGAGGGGGAUAUUGUGGGAUGUUUACGAAGAUUUAUCAAAAUAAAAGUUGGGUAAAUCCUGAUCAUCAACUUGAUGGAUAAUGUAUAGCGAAGGUCUACUGUAUACAGAGAUGAUGCAAGAAAGUUCCUUGUUAUAUGAAAAUGCAAGAUACCUUGCAGAAAAUCGAAGAAAUCACCAUAAUUUUGUCAGCUGACAAUUGUCAACGUGAAGAAAAAUUUCCAAAAAAUCUGUCAUCCAAACAUGAGUAUUUUACAAGAUAAUCCCAACUCCGACUUUACCAAAAUCGAAAGUCCUUAGUUUAUGUAAAAGACGUUCAUUACAUGCAAAUAGCGUGAUGCCUUCCGGAUUCCUUCAUUUUCUCCUUUCUGUCAUAAUGACAGGUUUUUUGGAAAUAAAAAAAUUGUCGAAAAGUUUUGGAAAGAAGUUGAAUAACGACUUCAGAAGGCCUGGUAGAAUAAUUUCUCGUAGUAAAAUAACUUUAAAAACUUUGUGAAAUACGAAUUUCAGAAACGAGUUGAGAAAUGCACCGUGCAUCGAACGAGUGUCAGCCAUUACUGCGCGGACAUGUGCGACCUCACCGAACUGAACGAAGCAUGCGCUCUGCACACGAUAAGGUCCAGAUAUGAGCAGCAAGUUAUCCAUGUGAGCCAGCUUUUCAUUUGUUUUCUUCUUUUAUUAAAGAUUUCUCUUAUAAGUAAUAUAAUUUUUACUCAAAAUUGCGGACUUUCAGACGUACUCAGGGUUAUUUUGUGUUGUAUUGAAUCCGUGGAAGCGAGUGCCUCUGUAUAAUGAGGAAAUGAUGGAAGUUUAUAUGAAUUCCAAGCUCAAUUCGACGAAUCUCCCUCCUCAUGUCUACGCGGUCGCACAGAAUGCAUACGAAGGGAUAAAACUGACGACCGGAAGUGAUCAGAGCAUCCUUAUUACGUAAGCACAUUGUCCACGAAAUCUCAUUUUGAUCCAUUAACUCUUACCUACAAAAUUUUCGAUUUUUCGAUAUUACACUAGACAAAGGUUUUCAAAAUUUCAGCGGCGAGAGUGGCGCGGGAAAAACGGAAAAUACCAAGAAGAUAAUCGAAUAUCUGAUCAAAGCAGCGAAUCAGAAUGGAAUUCCAAGCACAUCUCAGGGGAUUGGCGGGGUUCAGGAGGCCAUUUUGAGUGCUGGAAUUGCUCUUGAGGCAUUUUCCAAUGCUCGAACGAUCCAUAAUUCAAAUAGUUCCAGACUUGGUAAAUUCAUUAAGCUGGAUUUUGAUGAGAAAGCGAGGUUGAAUUCAGCGAAUAUUGAGUGUUGUAAGUUACUUUUAUUGGGGCAAUGGGAUGGGAUGAUGAAGCUAUGGACAAAACUAAAAUAAUUUCAGAUCUCCUUGAGAAAUCGCGAGUUGUCAGUCAGAAUGAAGGCGACCGAAACUUCCACAUCUUCUACGAGGUCUUUGCCAACGAAAAGUUUGCAAAUAUUCGCUCCAAACUUGGCCUUCGAUCAGGUUUCAUCACCUACAAGUACCUAAAUCAAGGUGGAUCUUCGGCGUUUUCCGGAAUGAACGAUGAGGAAAAUGCUGUGGCAACAGUUGCGGCGCUGAAGAGUCUCGGUUUUGACGACAAAUCAGUCGAGGAGAUAGUGGAAUUGAUCAUUGGGAUCAUUUUGUUGGGAGAGAUGAGGUUCGGAGAGAGAAGUGGGAUGGAUGUCAGCUAUCCGGAGAGAAUGGAUGGUAAGAUAAUUUUGCAAAGUCAGUUAGGAAGUUCUUUUGGAUCAGGGGUGGUUUUAUUAACAGGGGAAGUACUCCAAGUGCGACGCUCAGAUUUUCUUUAAAUUUUGCACACACGUCGGGAAUGGACUAAAUAUCAAUUCCUGAAAGUUUUAGCUCGCGCUUUGCGGGCGCCGCCGAGAUAUCGAACGAUUUUUGCCGCCGAGAGAGCACGCUGAACGUGGAGAGCGGUCAGAGAGAAAAGCGCUUUUUGACCAUAACUUUGGCAGUUUCGUACGGAAAAAUUUGAUUUUUUGUAGAAACAUUAUCCUUUACGGUAGAAACAGCCAUGAAACUUUUCGUGCCGAAAUUCGGCAAAAAGUCCUAAAUUUUUGCCGACUUUCGAUCUAAAAAUCUCGGUUGUUUCUGCAAAGCGCGAACUAAAAUUCUCGCAUAUAUCUUAGAAAAAAUUAUUCUAAAUUUGUGCCAAGUUUCAUCAAAAUCUGAGCGUCGCACUUGGAGUACUUCCCCUGUAAGUUUUGAUGAGUUAAGGGCUACUGCAAUUGAAAAAAUUUAUGAAAUUCCGCUGAUGAGUGUCAAACAAGUGACAUAAACUUUUUUAAUCAACUAACCCUCUCCUUAACUCGCCAGAUCAGACAAUCUUCAAUUUUAGAAAUCGAAACGGCCUCAAACGUCCUCCAAGUCCGCUCUUCCCGUCUUGUUGACGCUGUCACCGAGCCCUCAUUCAAAGUCGGCGAACGUCUCAUUCGUCGUUCACAGAACCUGAAGAAAAGUUUAUUAUCCGUGGCAGCCAUGGCUAAGAUAAUAUACCAAAAACUAUUUGAUUACAUCCUACGAAAAUGCAAUCAAACUAUUGUGGAGAAGAGCGGGAGAAGUCUGAAUUCGAACCAUUCCGGCCAUUUUAUCGGGGUUUUGGACAUGGCCGGAUUUGAAAUCAUGUCCACGAAUAGUUUCGAACAGUUGUGCAUUAAUUUUACGAAUGAGAAACUCCAACAGUUCUUUAAUCAUUUCAUGUUCAUCAAGGAGCAGAAUGAAUAUCUGAAUGAGGGAAUCGAAUGGGAUCAAAUGGACUUUGGAGAUGAUCUUCAACCUACCAUCGAGCUGAUCGAAAAGGUAAAAAUGGGUCGAAUUUGAAUAACUUUUACUAUUUUUUUGUUAAAAAGCAAUAUGUGUCGUAUGUACAAGCCUUGACCAAGAUUUGUGGGGCAAAUUUGAGUAUUUCAUAGUCGAUUUUUUGUUGGAACUUUGAGAUUUUUUGUUCGGAAAAGUUCGAUUUUCCAUAAAAGUUGGAACUUAGUUUUAUAAAUAUUUUUUGUAGCCAAUGGGUCUUCUGAGUCUUCUACAAGAAGAGUGCAUCAUCCCUAACAGUAGCGAUCAAACUUUGUUGGCCAAAUUGGUGGAAAAUUUGGCAUCAGAAAACGGAUUCAACAAGGUGAAGAUGUCCUCGAGGUAAGGGAAUAAAAUUUCUGGAAAAAAUUAUGCGCUGCCAUAUCCUUUUGAAAGUAAUUUCUACGCUGUUUACGAUGAAAAUCGGGCCAAAAUUUUUGAAUUUACGUUUUCCCGCCAAAAUUGGCAUUCUGCCUCAAGUUCUGAAAUUUGUCAAAAUGAAUAGUUUAUCUCUCUAAAGUGGGUUUCGAAGUGAUCUGAGGUCUUUCCAGAAACAAAUCGACCAACCAUUUCCUCCUUACACAUUAUACUGGCCAAGUUGCGUACAAUGUGGACGGAUGGCUGGAGAAGAACCGAGAUCAAGUCGAUUCCUCAAUCCUCGAGCUGCUGAACACCUCAACUCAUCCUCUGCUGAAAGAGCUCUUCAAAAAAGACGAAUCGAAGAGCUCUAGACGAGGAUCUUUAGCUCAAUCUACAGUGUCCUUUAUCUACAAAGAGCAAUUGUCAUCGCUGCUGAACACAUUGAAUAGAACCCAAAGCAAUUUCAUUCGAUGCAUUGUGCCAAAUACAAGUCGAAGACCCUUUGAGAUGGAUUCUCCUCUGGUUUUGCAUCAAUUGAAAUGCAAUGGAGUUCUGGAGGGUAAGUGGAGGAUAAAGUAAUUGCUCAAAUUUACUGCUACAGUAUCCAAAAUGGCUAAAAAUUUAGAAAAAUAUUUAUGAUUACUCUUUUAGGCCUCCGAAUUUGUCAGCGCGGCUAUCCGACUCGAAUUUUCUUCGACGAAUUUGUCCAACGUUAUAUUGUACUUGCCCCGAAUAUCGACCGAACUCUCAGCCCCGUAAAGCAAGUGGUUCAGAUGGUGGAAGCGCUCAACUUGGAUUUGGAGAAGUUCCAAAUCGGAAGAUCAAAGCUGUUUUGCAAGAGUGGAUUUUUGUCUGAAGUAGGGUUACUGUAGCCUGGGAUGAAUACUGUAUUUUAGCUGGAGGACUUGAGAAAAGCCAAGAUUUCCGAAUGCAUCGUUCUUCUUCAAGCUCAAAUUCGAUGGUAUCAUGAGCAGAAACGAACGGAGGAGAAGCGAAAAGAAUGGUGAGAUUUUGAAAAUUUGGACGGUCCAGAAUUUGCGAUUUUUUGUUGGUUUUGGAAAGUUGAUUUGAAUUUUUUUGCCCUCAAAUUGAGUAUCAGACAAUAAUAUCUAAAUCUUUUCAGGGAAGCCAUCUCGAUUAUCCAAGACAACGUCCGCAUGGCCAUAACUUUCCAUUCUUGGCCGUGGAUGAAGCUCCUCAAACGAACCCGAGAAUUAAUCCCGAUGAAACGCGAGAAAGAGCGUCUGAUUCAGCUGGAAAAAGACAUGGAUGCCAUGAAAAAGGUAGUAAAUGAUCGGGAUUUAAAUUAAUUUAAUUAAUUCCAGCUUUGCGAUUUGAUGAAAUCGGAAAAAGAAGAGCUGAUCCACAAGAAUCAAAGGCUUGAGGAACGGCUUGAAGAGGUAAGGAGGCGUCUUGGAGGGGUUUGGAUUUGUUCAAAAUUAGAUUAGGGACAGCAAAAAUAGUAUUAUUUUAUGAAUUUUUAGCUGAAAAUACAAACUUUUUUAAUUUUUUGAUUAAAAAUUUUGAUUUUCAGAUUGAACGUGAAACAGAGAACGAGAGAAGGAAGAAAUACGACGUUGAAGAGGAGUUGCGAAGGAAUGAGAACCUUCUAGAAGCUAUGGAAUCCAGGUUUGAUGAACAACAUGCCAAAAUCAUGGUAAGAAAUAUUAUUUUAUGGUAUCCUAUUAGCAUACAUUAUGUCAGAAAUGCGAGCCAAAUUUGUGCAGGAAAAUCGAAAUUAAAAUUUUUUUAAGGAGUUUAUGAAGAGUGGAUUAUUUUAGAAGCUGUUCUGACUUCUAAAUGGUGUCUAGUGAGUUCUUUUGUGCUUGCAACAGAAUGCCAAGAUUUCGCGGAAAAUUGAAAUUUGAAUUUUUUUUGAUGAUCUUAUGGUAAUUUUUGAUUAUAAGCGGUAUAAUAAGGUCUAAGGAGUCCAUGCAAACAAAAAAGAGUUUUUUUGCAACCUUAGGAUUACUGUAAUUUCACCAAAAAAACUUUCGCAGGCGUCUUCAGUAAAGUCCUGGAAAGCAGUUUUCUUUCAUAAAUCAAUAUAUUUCAGAAGCUAAAUACAACUCUCAAAGAAAAUGUAGCGACAUUAGAGCGUCUGGAAGUCGAAAAACGCCAAAUGUCGACUCAAUUGAGCAAAUUAAAGGAGGAAUUGGCUGCUGAAAUCACUUUGAGAACGAAUGCCGAGCAGGAAUAUGAGAAUAUUUGUAUGCAGAACGAAGAACUCGAGCGUCGAUACGACACCUUUCGGCCCGAACUCGACCAUCUUCGCGUGGAAUUGGAGAAAAAAUCGGAAAUUAUCUUCAAAUUGGAGGGAAGAUUGGAAAGCUCGGAGGAAAAAUUGAAGGAAAUGAGGCAUGACCUGGCCGAGGCCAACGUAAGAAGUGUCUCGAUUUGAAGGCAAUUAAUUGAAUACGGUUUUAGGAGAAAUUGAAUUCAGUGGAAAGCAGUCUUCAUUCAGAACGGAGCCAAAAACGGCAAUUCGAGAUGAAAAACGAUGAAUUGGAGGAGGAAUUGGCCAAUUUGGAGGAGGAAGUGGACAAAAUCAAUGUCCAAAAAGAUGCCCUGGUAAAUUCUACAGUCAUAAACAGUCUGUUUAGAAAUUUUUGUCGUCAAAAAUUUGAUUUUUUUUUGAGAAAAUUUGAAUUAUUGAAUUUAUUGCCCUAUAAUGACCUAAAAUAAGGUCAAAAAUUUUUUUAUGAGUUUUAUUUUUCAGAAAGAACAAACUCGCGUCAAAGACAACACUAUCAGAAAGCUGGAGCGACAGUUGGACGAAAAGAAAACGGAGAUGGAAAAUUGUAUAAACGAAUUGAAAAAAUCUCACAAAGCAAAGCAAUUCGAAAUGCAAAAUCAGCUCGAUGAACUGAAAAGAAAGGUUCUCAAACUGGAGUCCGAGAAUAAACAACAAAAAGCGAAACUGGACAAUGAUCGGGAGACCUCCAUGGAGCCUGAUUUACGUAAGAAAAAAGGAUGAUUUUGGGAUUUUUUUACACAAAAAGGAUGAUUUUUGGAAUUUUCUGAGUGGUGCAUGAGCUUCUGAUUAGUUUUUUUUUUGUGUUAUAAGUGAAUUCCAUUAAUAUUUUGGGGCUUUAUAACUAUCUGGCGUUUACAUUUGACGCAUAAAAAACCUUGUAGUAAAGAACAAUAAAAAAAAAUUUUGAGAUUUUUCAGAUAAAGUAACAUAACAUUUGUUUAUAAUGCCAAUUUCCCCUUUUCCUCUAUAUCAAUCCCAUUUUCAGCCCGUCCCGGUAGCUCUCUCAGCCGAUACGGCUCCAGACUCUCCAUGAACACCUCCAUUUACUCCAUAAAUUCCUCUUCUUCCCUGUCCGGCGCUCAAGCCACUUCUUCUGGAAUUGGAUCUUCAAUUCGAACUUAUACGAGAACCCGGCGAAACGAAGAUGAACACAGACUAACGUCUUCAUGUUAUUCAGACACAACUUCCUCCAAAUAUCUCCCAAAAAGUCCGUCUUCUCAUAGAUUGAGUCGUCAAAGCACGUUGAGUAAUGUCCAUCAGGUGUUGGAGUUGGAAAGAUCGGCCUCGAACUCGUCGAUUCAUCAGUCGAAUCUUCAGAGUUCGGAGAGGAAGUGUGCUCAGACUGAAAGGGAACUUCAGACUGUCAAAACGGAUCUUCAACUGGCCAAAAGAGAACUCGAAGUUUACAAACAGUCGCUGCAGGAAGCGGAAAUGGUAAAAACAUUUGUUUUAUGCUGUAAUUGAGUUGUCUAGAAGACGUAUUUUGAUCGAAAUAUGAGGUAGAGGGUCAGAGAAAAAAUUUUUUUUUUGAAAAAUUCAAAAUUUGAUUUUUCCAGACCAAAGAAAGUCAAUCACGCCAACUAAAACAACUGACGAGAGAGUUUGAACAAAAUGAAAAGGCCCUAAAAGAGGAAGAGACAAAGAACCAAACAUUGGAAUUGCAUUUGAAGAAGGUUCAAAAAGAUCUGGAAUACUCGAGGAAGAAAGUUGAAGAUACGAUCGCCGAAAGUAAAAAUGACAUCAUGGCGGAAAGGUGAGAAGAUUUUACCAAAUAUAUAGGGCAAUCUUUCGUGUAAUAGAGCUGAAAAUCAAUUUUUUGGCCACUCAUGAUUUUGCGCUUGAAAACAAUUUCGUUUUUAAAUUCGUUUAGAAAACGACUCAUGGAUAAGAUGAAUAAGAUGCAAGUGGAGUAUGACAACAAGAUUCAGCUUCUUCAAUCCAAUAAUCGGGCCAAUGAGGGCCUCCAAACUGAUUUAAUCGAGACCAGAGGCCAAUUGGAUCGAGCGAUGCUGGAGAUUGGCCAAUUAAAUAAAUUGCAGAGAUCCCAGUCGACCAUUGGAGAGACCUGGGAACAACAAUAUAGAGCGGUCAUAUUGGAGAUGGAGGCCAUCAGAGAUGAAAACGCAUCCUUAAAAAGCAAAAUACGACGUCAAUACAAACAAAUCGAACUUUUGAGUCGUAAGUGUGUAGUAUAAUAUAAUUUUUGAUGAUUUUUUAGAACAAUCGGAUCUAGAUGAUUGUGUGUCCGAAUUGGAAGACAGAAUGGAGAAGAUCCGGCCAAGAUUUGAUGGUUAGAAUCACGAAGUCAGCAAAAAUCUGUAUAAAAAAUCGAUUUUUGGCGCUAAAUGUGUUAAAUUUGAGUUUUCAGAGGCUUAAAAGAAUUGUUAGCUAGCGGAUAUUUUUUUGGCAUACUACUAAACCCUUGAACAUUGUAUUUUCUUAAUUUGUAUGCUCACUUUUCGAUCCGGUGAAUCGAAAAUCGAACGAAAAUGCUCAAAAAAUGGAUAUUUUUUCGGAUAAUCUCAGAAUUUUCUUAUUUUUUUGAAUAAAAAUAUUUUUUGUCAUUAUCUCGGAAUGAGGUGAACACUGUUUAGAAACUUGUGACUCUGUCUGUAUAUUAUUUAUUUUUUUGUGUUAUAGUGUUGUUUUAUAUGUUGUUUAUAUAAUAGUAAUUACCACAUGUUGUUUUAUAGUAAUGUCCAGAUUGUCCAUGUCAUACCUGCGUACUUCGCCAUGUCUACGUCAAGUUCGUCUGGCUUUUGCUGAACUUCUGGUGAGUAUUUCUCGGUAUUUUAAUCGAAUGUACCGUCGACCCAAAGAGUAGUCGAAUUUACAUGGGGCCCUUCGGUAUUUACAAAAGGUAGUGACAAAAAUUGCUUUUUGUUUUAACGAAUCUCUUCAUUUUAUAUGCUCUCCGGUCGGCAAAGACUGUUGAAUAUCUCGGCUGACAUUGGAAAGCCCGCGCUAAAUUUUUUUUUGUAACUUAUGUGUCCUAGUAUGAGCGCGUGGUAACUAAGGCUGGCAUGACCGACGAAAAAAAAAUUUUUGUUUGGCUAGCCAUUUAUGGGCUUUUGCUGUCACUGCUACUUUGACAUCGGUUUUAACCUUAUUGCUAGCUAUUUUUAAGACUUCACAACCAUUCUGAAACUUCAACUAUUUAAUAAAACUUUUUGACUAGCACAAGGUUGCGAAGCUUGGAAAAAGUCGGCAAAGUGCACCUGUAUCACUGUCUUGAAGUUCUAAUCGAAGCCAUUUUUCACCAAAAACAGAGGGGUUUUAUUUUAUUUCUCCGCACUUUUGGACAAUCCAUUAGACAAAAGUUCAAAAGAAUUUUGAUCGUGUGACCGAAAAGAUUUGUUCUUUGGAGUCGCUCUUCACCCUGCUUUACAACAAUCUCGGAAAGUCCUAAACUCCAAGAAAGUAAUAUUUUCAUUCAAUGAACGUUAUACUAUGAUUUGAAACCAUUUUCCGAAGGCUUUGUGACAUUAAUUACAGUUUUUUCGACACAAAAAGAGCCGGCGGAUCUGUCUCUGUUCUGACUUUUAUCAGAUCGGUCCUUCGUUUGACCUUCAGAAGGAAAGGAAACGUUCAUUAAGUGGGCAGAUAGCGGUUGCGGCGAGUUUAUUAAGGGCUUGGGGAGAGUUUUGGGAGAAGCUCGUUUUUGUUCGAGAAGGGCAAGUUUUUGUUUUAUUGAGGGCAAAACAUUGACAAGAAUCUCGGGGUUUUAGGCCAAAGUGAUCCAACUUAUAAAGCGAGUCUUCCAUCGGGCCUUUUAAUUUUUUGAUUUUAGCUCGUAUUCUUCAACUGCUUUCUAAAUGGUUAGUAUCCGCUUAGUAUUCGAACCUGAAAAUAACAAAAAUGCUCAAUUUUUUGUUUCCUAUCACAGAAUCUCGGCGUUUCCCAAUAAAGUGGGAAAGACCAAAAAAUCUCGUAUCCCGUCAAAUCUGUUUUGCGCAAGACUCUAAAAAAUUAAUUGAUUAUACAGUGAUAGACCUGAUCUAGUGGCAAAAAAUGUAUCAUUUAGCAUCCGGGAAGCAUCAAAAAUGUAGCAAAAUACCUCCCCCUCCUAGUGAAAAAACUGUGAUUUCAAAAGCGCUCUUUUUGUGAGAAAAAUGGCACGUCCUUCAAAACGGAUUUUUUUAGUUGGAGAAGGAGUAAUUUUGCUGCAUUUUUUGAUACUUCCUGGAUGCAAAAUGGUACGUUUUUACCACUGGAUCAGGUUCGUCACUGUAGAAGGGAUGAUAGUUAUAAUCGGCUUUUUUAUCCACAAAUUCCUUGCCCAAAAUUAUUCAAAGUUCUACUGUAUCUUAUUUAUGCAUAUCAUCAUGUUUCCAAACUACAAACCGCUUUACAAUCGCCCUUCUUAUCUCGCUCAUCUCUGUUUUUACGAUCUUUUGCUCUAUAAUACAUAACCCCCCAACUACAUUGCAAUUAAAUUAAGUUUUGAUUACUUUGAGUCAUCCUGUUUCCUCUGCAAAUUCCCAGGAACUACCGGAUGUGUUCCUUGUUUUCCUCAGCAAAUUCGCGCUACAAAACAUUCAGUUCCCCUGUGUUUCCGUUCAUUAUCUCCUUUGGUAUCCAUCCGGUCACGUGGUGUGUUUUCGUUUCCUUUUUUCUUCGCGUUCUCAGCCUCUGAUUUGUUUUGUAAUCAAAAUUUUUGAAUACUCCAAUGUUGGGAAAUGCAAUGUAUGGUAAAUAAUGGGCAAAUUAUGCAAUGAUGUGUUUCAAAAGAUGUGAUUUACAUUUUUCAACGGGUCUGAAGGAGGUUUAGGAUUUGGCAACCAAAAUUGAAAGGAAUUUUUUAAGGGUUUGGUUGAUGACAUUUACUUCGUAUGUUGCGGUAUUCAAGUCUAAUAUUAUCGUAUUAUCAUUAAAAUUUUGUAAUUACAGUAGUCGAUCAUCUGACGGUUAAGCCUAGGGAGUUGCAAUAUCAAAAAUGGUUUCACUACGAAAAUUAUAUUGUAAUCAAAAACAAUGCCUCCGAGAAAACUCUUUUCGCGUGGUGAAUGCGUCAUGGACGCAUUUUUUCCCCUGAGCAGAAAUCAAACAUGUGCCCUUGGUUCACUUUCUUCUUUUCGGAACAUCUGUCGCGAAGAAGUCACUUGAUUUGAAAGCGGAUUCUUCCACAAUUUGGCUUCAAAAAAAAAUUAUUUUGUCAAGAUUCGCCUGGAAUUUUCCACUUUUUGAUAUCUAAAUUGAAGUCAGUUCGCUUUCCGCGUACUCGAACUCGUUCUUUGAGCUCGCUUCUCUACUUUUUAUCAACGGUAGCGUGAUUUAGCCCGUUGCUUUUAUCAUUCCCCUCUGUUUUUAAACAACUUCUUAAUAGACGUUACAAUUCCCUUCCGAGCAUUCACCCAACCUAAUAAUAAAGACGUCUAUUUACGGGCUUGUUGACAAAACGGUUACAUUUACAAUAUAAAGUCUAAAGUUUAAGUUGUCACGUUCUUCCGGGGCAUCGAAUAGAUGGGGUUAUCAGCUGAUCGCGGGGCCAUUUCAUUGCUCGUUUAUUCGUAUCUUAUCGCUCCAUGUUUGGGUUGGCACUGGUUUUGAGGCUGACAUUUUGGGAGAGAGAGGUCAGAAGGGGGAGAUUUUGAAAAAUAAAAUAAAAUAGGGCUGUUACUGAGAGCCUAAAGAAAGACAAUUUUUUCGUAUUUCGUAGCCUGCCUGAUUCGUUUUUACUAUUUUCCGGAUUGCCGUGAAUAGCAACGAUGAUUAGAGAAGGGUUUUUAAACAUAUUCCUAGAGCUCCUCAGUGAAUACACAAGGUUUUUUGUAGCUUUAGAUGUUGUCUUUGACAAAAAUGAAAAACGUAUUUGUAGAGGUGUUGCUGUCUUCACGGAUGUAGGAAAAGUUCUGUUUUGGACUUUGAAAAACGUGGGCAUAAAAAGAGAUAGUCCCAUAAAGCACCCAAUCGAAGGAGUUGCAAGUUGAGUUUGAAUGAUGACAUAAUUGUUUGUGAUUUUAGAGCAUACGUUAGAGAGUAGGAAAGGUUAGUUCGCGUAGAUUUUAACAAGGGACCUGUGUGUUUUUAAGGCGCUUCUUAUUCAAUUUUGAAUCUGUUAUUUUAUAACUAGUAUCUGUGAUUUCUGAAAUCUAUUUCCAUCCUUCUUUUUAGCUUCAAUUUUCACCGCUUCAGGCCAAAGAAAAACUCAGUUUUAUUUUGUUUGUUUUCUCCGUUUCAAAUCACCCCACGUGGACGUAUAAAAUCCGGGGGAUCUCUCGUUUCCAAAUCCUUGACCUUUUCAAAUGUCAUCCGUCAAGACCCUUUUUUUCGAAGAGCAUUCGCUGCGAAGAGACCGCAGAGAUUGCCAGCCGCAUGGCCUGAUCUUUGUCGGAUUCUUUGUGCUCUUCUGAUUCCACGGAGGCGUGCAAAACAAGAUGAAAGCGGGGCUUUAUGAAUAAUAAGAAUUGCAAAAUUCCUUUUGCAAAAUUAUGAUCGAAAAAACGCAGGGAAGAUUCGCGGUUUUGCGAGUGUGAUAAGAAAGAAGAUGCGUCGGGGCGGGCUGAUCUGUGCUCUGUCAUCUUCUGCUAUUAUUAAUCGAUUGUUGGGCGCCCAAAAGCUUGAGAAUUUUUCUGUAGUUGAUUUGGGUCUUGUUGUGCUUUCCUUUCAUUGAAUGAUUUAUAUAGGAGUGAGUAGUUUUACUUUUAAAAAAUGAAAUUUUUGGACGAAAUGGGUGUCCAAAAAUCCUUUUUCCUAUGCCCGCGUUUCCUUAAAUUUUUGAUACAUCGACCUACGUAUCUUCGUAGACAAAAUCUAUGUAAAUUAGUGCCGCACAUUGAGCACUUUCCGUAUGAUAUAGAGGUGGUCACCGAAGUUCUCGACUUUUAUUUUUUUUGUUGCGUCGAAUUUCAGUGCUAAAAUGGGUUGACAUUGGUUUUGAAAAAUCAGUGCCAAAAAAGCCCGGAAAUUUGGAAAUAACCAGUGCAGAGUUUGGUAAAUCGCUGCAGGACGAAAAUUAAAGUGUGCACUGAUUUUUCAAAAUCAAUGUCAACCCAUUUUUGCACCGAAAUUCGACUCAACGGCAAAAAUAAAAGUCGAUAACUUCUGUGACCACCUUUAUAUUUGCAAGCAAAUAUUCUUGUCGCAAACGUAUCCAAUCUAAUUAAUACAUAUACUUUUACCGCCAUGCUUGGGGGUUUUUGAUGCUGCUGACUCAACACACAGGUGCUUUUCAUUUAUUUUGGCAUUACUAUCUCAUUUGUAGCUACACGACCGAAUCAUUUGUUCUACCGCUCUUUUGACAGUUCCAUUAUAUUAUUCAUUCAUCCCAUACCUUCUCCUUAGCCCAUAUUUUCUGUUCUCUUUUAUAACACUUUGUGUGUGUUUUGCCGCUUUUCCAAAUGACAGGCUUUUUCUUUGUUUAUGGGAUUGCGCAACAGGCUUGUUUUCCGCCCGAAAUGCAUUUAUUUAUUGUUUAUUAUUCUCUGCGCAUUAGAUUCUCAUAUAAUAUUGGCCGUUCUUUGUCCAGGAAACAGCUUCUCUAGAAGUUGUUUUGGAGGUCCAAGGGUGAAAUGAGAUUUCUCAAUUCUAAAUUGGGACAUCUGAAAAGCGAGUUGUUGACUUGCAAGCCUGAGGCUGUUAGGGUCUGGGGUCGAGGAUGUUGUGUGAAUAGGUCACACUCAAUUUUAAUUUUUUGCUAAUUCUCAUCAUAAUGUGAGCUUUGCACCUCUAAUACGUGCCUCCUUGGGGACAAAUCCCUUUCAAAAACGGCAAAUCUUUUCCAAUUUACGAUUGUUAGCCAUUUUCUGCGUGUUACAAAGAGUAUGCCAUCAAAAUUCCCUGCAUUCCCCACCCCGGACAUGAAUUGCGAUCCCCACGUGCUGGAACCUGCGAAUAUUGACCUCUCAAAAGGCCUUUCCUUUGGCCGACUUUUUGUGGAAACAACCCAAUUGCCGAGAGAGCACUGCGACUGCGGAGACGGCCCGAGAGAGCGGGCUUUUCUCUCGCGGAAAACACUUUCUCGGGCCCGGUUUUCGGGCCAAUUUUUUCGCUUUUUCGAAAGAGAAUUUUUCGUUCGAACCGAGGCCAAAUUCACUCGAUUCCAAUAGCGGUUUUUGCGAUAUUACUUUGGGUCAUAUCAGUUAAUGUAGUUGAAAGAUGUUAGAGACUUGUAUUGUGUUUGGUAAUGUGAACCUUGCCCGGAUAAAAUACGAAACCCCAAGGGCUUUUUAUGUAGUUUCAGAAAAAUGAUGCAAUAAGGCGAGAAAAUGCCAUUUUUGGGUGUAAAGGCGAGGUUUUUAUGGGAAAUUUAUGGGUGUUUGAUGAUUUUUUGAUUAUUUUUGGUCGUUUGGUAUUUAAAAAAGUAGUGUAGUAGUUUGAAAAGUAUUUUGAUUUACAUCCAAAAGUUUGUUUGACCAGAAUGUGGCCUUAUUUUGAACAACUUUUUUUUGAAAAGUAAAUAAAAUUUUUGGAUUUUUUAUUAUAAAUUUUUUCCCAUCAAAGCCGGUUAUAAAGUUUGAUGACAUUAAGCAAUUAGGGACGCCAAAAAUUCCCCGAAUUCUAAUGCAAUUAUGCUGGGAAAUGAGUGGUAAACAACACGUGUCCAUAAAUGAAUUACUGAAACUCUAACGUGACGUUUUGGUUUUCAGUUCCAAGUGCAUUGCGUACGUUGUCAUUUGGACUUGAAAUUUAAGGAAUUUCUGGAAUUUUUUGUGUAGAGUUUUAUUUGCAAAAAUAUGAAUUUUGGGCAAGGAAAGGAGUUACGCGGAUGUCAUUAGUUUUCUAAAUUUGGCAGACGUAUUUUGUAUGGACCACACAUUAAUUUCGGAAAAUUUUAGCAUAAGAGAGCGGGCAGGGAGAAACGUUGACUUCUUCAUCAUCAAAGAAGUAGUGAUUUCUGCAGGGAAAACCGGAUUUUCUGUAAAAAAGGUGUUUACUAUGAGAAACACAGACUUUACAUUCUUCAUUCUUCCACGCGCUAGUCUGUCAAACUUUACACAAGCUCCAAUCUAAAGAUUUGGUUUAAGCAAAGCGCGAGCUAAAAUAAAAAUCCACUGGAUUUCAUAGUAAAUCUUACAAUAAUCUGAAUUUUGGCAAUAUGUCAUCAGGAUAUGAUAGUCGGACUCUGAGAACUCCCUCUUUAAUGCGAGGUCAGUUUUAGAAAUUUAAUCGUUGUUUUUGAACAAUUACAUCCCCCGUUGUUUGCAAUCCAGCAUUCUAUUCCCGAAGACCAAGGCGGAUAAUCCGUUUAAUAAUCUUUCCGGGUUUUAUGUGGAUCAGGUAAAAAACAGAGCAAAUUGUUGUUGGUUUCUACACGUUCCAUUCCGAGAUUACCCGUCUAUCCGGGCGAUCACGAAGCCUAGAGUUUUCAGAUCACCUUUGAGUCAACUAAACUAAAUUUUACCCGACAAAAUCCCAACAAUUCCUUUAUUUCUCAUCAAUAUAACCUAGUAUAACAUAAAAUUUGCCUAGAAAUAAAAGAUAGUUCAAGUAAAGUACAAAUAUUUAACCAAUAACUCACUUCAUUUUUUGGAAAUAUUCAUAUACGUGUAGAACGCAAGGAAGUUGGAGAAAUAUGACCCCUGAGGGCUGUGUUUUUUUGUGUGGACUUCAGUUCUCUUCUCGAUGACCUCAUUCCUCUUCUUUUUCUAAUCCCCAUGACCCAGAUGCACUCUCAGCAAGGUCUUGGCGAGAACAGUGUGCGAUUUGCACUUUCCCACUACUUUGGUAAUCUUAGGCUGUAAGAAAGUGCGAGGUAUUUGAAGUUUGAAAUUUUUUGAGUCUUUUGUACUUUUGGCGGUUUUUUUGGUUAAAAAUGAUAGGAAAUGGCCUAAAAUUUAUUGGAUUUGUAUCUUAACUUGAGCGAGGAGUGGUAGGAAGUACUUUUAUUCGUUGUGAUUACAGCUAACUUGAGUGUAGACGAAAUCUUUGAAGUUUUUUUUACGUUUCAGGUUUUUGAUGCAUUUUGAUGUGUAAGAUAUAGAGUGAUAGAUUUUAUAUAUCUACAUAUGAAUUUUGAUCUUAUUGAACUACAGGUGAUUUGGAGGAUAUUUUAAGUUUAACAUAAUAACUUUGGAAACCCAAAAAAUCCGAAAAGUCAUCAUUUUUGGUCCACAGCAACUAUCUAAAAAAAGAUGAGGAAAUAAAAAAAAACAAAAAGGUUUAAAAAUGUUUGUAAAAUACGAAGAAAUCGAAAUUGUUUGAUAAUUCGGCAGGUGGAGACCAUAUUUUUCUUGCAAUUAAUAAAUACUCAAAAUUCAAGAAAAAAUGAUAAAAAUAAGGUAAUAAAUCAUGUAAAACUGGCAUCAAAACUAACUGGGAUUGAUUGUAAAAUACGACAUCAUGCCGCGUUAGGUACAAAUUUGUCUGUUUAGGAUCAAAUUUUCCUGUAAAAUGAAAAAAAUCGUGAUUUUUCCCCAAAACCCCCAAACGUAAGCCAUGACGAUCUCAAAGGACCCUCCAAAUUGUCUCCUUUUCCCAAGCAUCUCGACUUUUUGUUGUUGGUCCAGUGCAUUAUCCCGAUUACAGCGCGUUCUGCACGUACUUACAGCGUGUCUUGUAAUGUUUUUUCUCCCCGACUUUUGGGGCCUCGUUUUUUGGCCUUGGCCAGGUUUGUUUUCGCAGUUUUGAUUUGUUUUUUGACGUGCUUAUUUCCACUUUUCUCCUCGCCCUCGGGAAACCUGAGGUCGGUUCUUUGAAUUGCUUUUGAAUUGGUUGUAUUGGAAACUGUAAGUGUAAGUGUAGCAUGCGGUGCAAAAAUAGCUACAAUUGGGAUAUUAUUGCCGGAAGGGAGUGGAUUUCGGUGGGGGAAAGUAGUUUACAACAGUUUGUUUUGAGGUUUACAGGGAGGACUUUGAGCUGUGGAGAGUGUUUUCGGUUGUAAAAGUUGUAGAAUGUUUUUUUUUAAAUCCUGGUUUAAUACAUUUUUAGUCGUCACAAAAAAUUGUUUUUUGGCCUAGAAAAGAAAAAAAAAGACUUCUCCGAUUUAUGGAGAAUUCGAUUCUUGUAGGUGAAAAAUGGCUUAAUUAUGCAACGUACUAGAUAAAAAGCUCUCAAGCGCCAGAAAUUUCUAGUUUUUGCCUUUGUUUCAACAAAAAUCAUCAAAAAACACCGGAUUUGGCUAUAAAAUCAUAAAAUUGUAACGAUUUUUGCAAAUUUUUUGUUAUAAAAUACGAUAUUUCCUAUUUUUAGUACCAAGUUUUUAUCUAUGUUUGUUCCACGCUUUGUUUUUAUUGUGAUCACCAAUUUGAAAACCAUAUUGUGCUCGAAGUUUGAUGAAAACCGAAAAACAAAUCUUUCGAAACUGUUCCCCGAAAAGAAAUCAAAAUGUUAUCAAGGGUUUUUAUCGCGGGAAUUUCGUCGAUGUAAUGAAAGGGUCAAUAUUUUCGGGGUUUCGAUUGGGUUUUCCCGGAGGUUCGGGAAAAUUUUCGAAAAUUUUUAUUUUUGAUGAUAAGAUUGGCGGAAAAAUGGGGGAAAUCAAUGUUCGGCUGUGACAUUAAGCUUCGUAUUUUAUCUAGAAAAUAAUUUCUGGCCUCGAAAUUGUAUUUGGCAUUAAAAUUUACUCUGAAUUUGCAAUUUUGCCAUCUUCUCAAACUUUUUGUGUUAUCCAUGAUGACUAUUCCCAAAAAAGUUGAUUAAAACCUCCGUAUUUUUUGUUUCGCGCCAACUCUUUUUGUCAAAUUAAUUUCCAAGUCUUAAUUGAUUUUUUCAGCCGUCAACUUGAGCCCUACCCCACAGAAAUCAUGACGGAUAAUGGAAUUUCCCUCCCCGAAGAGGUGCACAAUCUUUUGAAUCAGUUUGUCAUCUCCAGGGAACGUCUAGUCAAAUUGUCCGAGGACAUUGAAGCCGAAUUGGAGGCCGGUUUGAAGGGAAGCAAAGGGAAUUCGGUUCCGAUGUUACCUUCGUAUGUCCCGGCACUUCCAACUGGCAAUGGUAAGGGCGCUGAGUUUUUGGGAGUUUUUCGAUUUUUAGGACGACAUAUGCAGUAGAAUUUACUGGAUAUUUUGACAGGUUAUAGGGUAGUCUGUGUUAGUGAGAGUCAUGGUUGUUGAGAUCAAAAAAGUCAUCAAUCUCGUCGAAAUUACAAAAAAAAAAUAUUUUUUUUAACCUUAAAAUGAUACUGACAUAUUUUACAAUGAUGGCAGACUCAUUUUAUAGUCAUGUAGUUGGUAUUCAAAAUAAAAAAUAUGUUUUUUUUCACAAUUUUUUUUCCAGAAACCGGCAAGUACGUAGCCAUCGACCUAAGCGGGAAGAACCUCCGGAUCCUCCUCCUCGUCGCGGAGGGCAAAGGAAAAGAGCCGCAGGUCACAGUCAACAAUUACAUUGUCUCGAACUCGAUCAUGAAGGGGACUGGCGAGCAGCUCUUCAACUUCAUCGUCAAUUGUCUCCAGAAGUUCUUGAAGGAGUUCAGUUUGGAGUCGGCCAAUCUUCCCAUUGGCUUCGUUUUCUCCUAUCCAUGCGAACUGCUGUCGAUUCGGUCGGCGAGAUUAUUGUGGUGGACAAAGGGUUUCGAUAUUAAGGAUUGCCUGCAGCAGGAUGUCGUCCAACUGCUGCAAGACGCGCUGGAAAUGAACUUGGUAGGUCGGAGGGGUAUUUUGAGGUCACUUACGAUCUUUUUCUUCUUUUCAAUUUUACUUUAUGAAAUUUUUAAAAUAUCAAAUUCAAAUUGGAGGCAUUUUUCGGUGCCGUAUUUUACCUCAUUCUUUAUUUUUCAGUCCACCAAGGCCAAGAUCAAUGCCGUAAUGAACGACACGGUGGGCCAGCUGGCCGCCGCCGCCUACAGAUAUGGGGAAGAUUGCGUGGCCGCCGUGGUAAUCGGCUACGGAUGCAACUCGUCGUAUCUGGAGGACACGAGCAGGAUAACAAAGUUCAACGCCAAAGAAGCCGGCUAUAAGCAUGACAAGAUGGUGGUCGUCACGGAAUGGGAGGAGUUCGGAAACAAUGGAGAGAUCGACGACAUUCUGACCAGUUUUGAUAAGGAAGUGGAUGACGCCUCGGUCCACAAGGGCAAACAAUUGUGAGUUUGCGUUUGAAUUGCAGCUAUCUGACAGGUUUUUGAAACAUUUUUCGGAGACUUUUUUGGCCCUGCAACGGAAUGCCACGAUUUGGCGGGAAAUUUAAAUUUUCUGCCUAGAUUUUCGUUCAAUUUUACAGUCAAUUUUUGUUGAUUUUCAGGAUCGACAAGCUGACCGGAGCCCUGUAUCUCGGCGAUUUGGUCCGUCGCAUCUUCGCCCAGCUCUCCGUCGACCGAAUUCUCUUCAACGGAGCGCCCGUCGAAGCGUUGGACCAGCCCGACGGAUUCCCUACAAAGUACAUCUCGGAGAUUCUGAGCGAAGAAGAGGGAAGUUACAAGUCGUGUCGGAGGAUUUGUGACGAGAUUGAGGUCCCGAAUCAUGGCACUGAUGACUACGAAAUCAUGAGAAGGGUCUGCCAUAUUGUUUCGCAGAGAUCCGCUUCGAUUGUUGCCGCUGGUGAGUUGGGUUUAAUUUUUUUUAAAUUUUGGGCUGUCUAGUCGAGGUAUUUCACAUUUUUGUUCCAUUACGAUCUAGGCUACGUUUAUUUAUUUUUUUAUUUUUCGGUAAAAAUCGCAAAAUUUUUUUAUUCGGUUUCUUUUUUAAUUUCCCCGAUUUUUGCUUCAGAGACUUGCUAAAACUAGAUCUUUGAUCUUAUUAUACUUUUCAACGGGCAUAAGAAUAGCUGCACUUUCAAAUCUCACCUUAUUUUCCCAAACAAUUCAAUUUUUUCAGCGAUUUCCGCCCUCCUCCGUCACAUAAACCGUUCCACCAUCAAGGUUGGGGUGGGUGGUGCCCUGAUUCAGUUCCAUCCCACUUACCAUCAACUCCUCGAAGCUCAGCUCAACAACCUGGCCCCACUUCACAUCAAUUGGGAGCUGGUGGCGGCCGAUGAAGGCAGUGUGAAGGGAGCCGCACUGUGCGCCGCUGUCGCCGAGAACCUCGGGCUAUAA